AUGGCAGACAAUGUUGCGUCUCCUCUUCUCCAGCGUCUGUCUGACCGGCUAUAUACUUUGGCUCCCGUUACCAACAAAGAAAUUUUCAGGAAUCUGCGCCUCACUUUGCCUCGAGUUCAAACACUGGUCCAGGAAGCAGAGAUGCAUUCUGAGGAUAAUGAAACACUCAAGUUAUGGAUCACAGAAAUCAAGAACACUGCCUAUGAAGCUGAUGACAUUUUCGAUGAAUACAAUCUCAGGAUGAUGAGGCACAAGCCGCCUGGUAUUUUCUCGCUUUUCUUCUUCUUCAAGGAUCUCAUAUAUGGCUUCAAGCUAGGCAGCAAGCUGGAAAAGAUAGAAAAAAAUCUGGAUUCACUUCUGAAGAGGAGUGCCGAGUUCGGGAGGUUCACUGUUGCAUGCACUCUGAAAGGAGCAGCGGAAGAAAAUUAUUCUUCUCAUGUUCAUGGUGUACAGCGCCUCUCGAGUUCUUUUAUGAUUGAUUCUGAGGUCGUCGGGAGGGAAUCCGACAAAGAAUAUAUCUUGUCUGUCCUGUUCAAGUCAAGUGACGGGAAUCAACUCACAGUAAUUCCUAUUGUUGGCAUGGGGGGAGUCGGUAAGACAACUCUUGCACAGCUAAUAUAUAAUGAUGAAGGAGUAUCUGAAUACUUUGACUUGCAAAUGUGGGUCUCAGUUGGCGAGGAUUUCGACUUCAUAAAAAUUGCCCAGGCCAUAAUUGAACAGAUAAAUCACGAGGCCAAAAAUCUUUCCAACUUGGAGGUUCUACAAGAAACCCUUAGUCGUAGCAUAUCGGGAAAAAGAUUCCUGCUUGUCUUGGAUGAUGUUUGGAAUGACGAUAGCUGGAAAUGGUCCAUGAUGUCACGAGGAUUUCUUGGAGCAGGUCUUGGUUCAGUAGUUAUCAUCACCACAAGAAACAUGAUGGUUGCAAGACUCAGUGGCUCGAUUCCACCUCACUACCUAGGACCUCUGGAUGAAAAAGAUUCCUGGAGUCUUUUCACGAGGGUUGCAUUUAAAUCCAUUCCAGAUCCAGAGAAUCAGGAAUUGGAGGACAUUGGAAGAAGAAUUGUUCAAAGGUGUGGAGGAUUACCUCUUGCAAUCAAGAGCUUGGCGGGCCUAAUGCGAUCCAAAAGGAAAGCGAAUGAGUGGCUCUCUUUCAUGGAAGAGAACAUGGGGAAUUUACCUGAAAUUGAGAAUCAUUUUUUCCCUAUUUUAAAGCUGAGCUAUAAUCAUCUACCGUCACAUUUGAAGCAGUGUUUCGCUUAUUGUUCCAUAUUCCCAAAAAAUCAAAGGAUCAAUAGAGAGAAGCUGAUCCAACUGUGGAUUGCUGAAGGGUUUGUCAGAUCAGGAAAGAUAAGCAGAAGGCCAGAGGAUGCUGCAAACGAGUACUUCGUGGAGUUAUUAGAGCGAUCGUUUUUCAUGGAGAUAACCAAAGAUGAAUUUGGGGAAAUCCAAGAAUGCGGAAUGCAUGACCUAAUGCAUGAUCUUGCCCAAUCCGUUGCCAGUGUUGGGUGCUCAAUUGUAGAGGCUGAAGAUUCGCAGGAUGUGCCCAAAGAACUUCGGUAUUCCUCUUUAGUGGGAAAAUCUAAAACAUCAACUGUCCCUGAAUCACUGAAUGAAGCCACCAACUUAAGAACACUGCUUUUACUAUCUUGUAAGUUUGACUCUAUUCCUAAACUGCUUCUAAACCUUGCCUGCUUAAGAGUGUUAGAUUUAAGUCAGAGUGGCAUUCGAAAAUUGUCAGCAGCCAUUGGUAAUUUAAAGCAUCUUAGGUACCUGAAUCUUUCACACACACACAUCAAAACGUUACCAGAGACAAUCAGUCAACUAAGGAACUUGCAGACUCUGGAAUUGGUAGAGUGCUAUGAUCUUCAUGAAGUACCAAGAGCUAUUUGUGAGUUAACCAACCUUAGGAAUCUUGAUUUCCAAUCCUGUCCUUUGUUGACUUCUCUCCCAUUUGGGAUAGGGAAGUUGAAGUUCCUGCAAAGGUUACCGAUAUUUCUAGUAAAUGACAAGAACGGCUCUGCUGACUUGAGUGAUUUACAGAGCUUGGAACUAAGGGAAAGAUUAGAGAUCAAGAAUCUUGAAUAUGUUAAAAGUGCAGCAGAUGCUUCUAAAGCAAAACUGCAUGAAAAGGCAGGUCUUAUCUCUUUGACACUAUCAUGGGGUGAAGACGCCGAUUCUGUCACUACAAAAAUUUUGGACCAUAUAUUGGAGAAUCUCAAGCCACCUCCUCACCUGAAAGUUUUGGAAAUAAUAGGAUUCAAGGGGCACACAUUUCCAACAUGGUUGAGGAACCAAGACCUGCCUAACUUGGUGAAACUUUCAUUGGCAAAUUGUAGUUGCAGAGAGCUUCCACCACUUGGAGAUCUCCCAUACCUUAAUGACCUAAGCAUCAAAGGCAUGACAGAAGUUCAUAGCAUCGGGGAUGAAUUUUAUGGUCACGGUGAUUCUAGCAGUUUCCCUUCUCUAAAGCAACUAGAACUUUUUGAUAUGCCUAAUUUAUCCGAAUGGAAAUGUCGUGGCAAAGAUAAACUCUUUCGCUUCAGCUCGGUCCAAGAAUCAUCAAGCAAUUGGUACAACCAAAGUUUUGCUUGCCUUGAAACUCUUACAGUUAUGGGAUGCAGCAAGUUGAUCAACCUGCCUUCACUUCCAUAUCUUAAGAGUUUGGCUCUAUGGAACAGCAAUGAGCAGCUAUUGGGGUCGAUUUCUAAUCUGACAUCCCUCUCGUCUCUGCUCGUUUACAAAUUUCGACUUUUCCGCGAACCUGAGUUUCAACAGGCAGAAGCUGGUUUUAGUUCUGUCACAACAUUGACCAUAUAUGAUUGUGGUGAUUUGAUCUCUCGGUUGAAUGAGGGCAUCCGUGGUUUUACUUCUCUAAAGCAUUUGCAUGUCCUUUACUGUGACCGACUUGAGUCUCUGCCUCCAGGAGUUGGAUAUCUUACAACACUCCAGAAGCUGAGUAUUGCAGACUGUCAAGAUCUGGCUUAUUUUCCUGAUACUAUGUCAAAUCUUUCUUCCUUGAUAGAAAUGAAAAUUGAGGCUUGCCCUUUGUUAAAAUCUUUGCCAUUGGGAAUGCUUCACCUUCCUAGUCUUCCAAAAUUUGUCAUCCAAGAAUGUCCAAAUUUAGAAAAGUUUUUGCGAACAUCAGCGUCUGUUGUCUGUUGA